ACAAAUUUUCUAUCUCUCUCUCUCUCUCUCCUCUUUCCAGUGAUAUAUAAAUCGACUCCAUUGAUUCAUUCCUUCAUCAGCUUAACCAACAGUAACAGGGAAGAAGAACAAGAAGUAGAACAGGAUUUGUACUUCCAACAUUCGUUUUUCUUCUGGGUUUUCGUUUGAUUUCUAUUGCGGAAUCUGCAAUGAUCUUUUCAUGGAGGAAAAACAAAUUGGGGUUUCUUACCAAGUUGAAAAAAGAGCUUCCAGGGGUCGAUUCAGGUUCGGAAAUCGCGAUUCCUUCUCAUUAUAUGUGUCCGAUUUCGCUUGAUUUGAUGAAGGAUCCUGUGAUUUUGUCCACUGGGAUUACUUAUGAUAGAGAGAGUAUUGAGAAAUGGAUUGAUGGGGGAAAUUUUUCAUGUCCUGUGACGAAACAGGAUUUGAUUAGUUUCGACCUAAUCCCUAAUCAUUCUUUGAGGAGGUUGAUCCAAGGUUGGUGUGUUGCGAAUCGUUCAUAUGGGAUCGAGCGGAUUCCGACGCCGCGGAUUCCGGUCUCCCCGUAUGAAGUUAAGGAGAUUUGUUCGAGAAUCUCGAUCGCGACUCAAAGAAGCGAUUCGAAGAAAUGCAGUGAAUUGAUGGGUAAGAUCAGGAAUUGGGCGAAAGAGAGCGAGAGGAACCGGAGGUGUAUUGUGAAUGGAGGAACUGGGGAUGUUUUAGCAGCUUCGUUUGAGCAUUUUGCUGGUGUUUCGAUUGAAAAACAUGUGGGUUUGUUGGAGGAGAUUUUAUUGGUUUUGGCUUGUGUGUUCCCAGUCGCCGUUGAAGGCUUAUCUAAGCUCGGAUCUGCUGAUUCUUUGAAAUGCUUGGUUUCCUUCUUAAUCGGUAAAGAUCUUUCUCCCAAACAGAACGCAGUUUUUGUUCUGAAAGAACUCUUGUCAGCUGAUAGAAGAUAUGUUAAUUCAUUGGCUGCCAUUGAAGGAGUAUCUGAAGCUUUAGUUAGCAUUAUCAAGGAGCCUCUUUGCCCCUCUGCUACAAAAUCAUCCCUUACUGUCAUUUUCUACAUGAUUUUACCAUCAGAUAUUGGCGAGAAAAUGGCAUUGAAAUUUGUGGAACUAGGCUUGGUCUCUCAGCUACUAGAAUUUCUGGUAGAUGCAGAGAAAAGCCUGUGUGAGAAAGCUUUGGGAAUUUUGGAUGGAGUUUGUGAUUACAAACAAGGAAGAGAGAAGCUUUACAAGAAUGCACUAACCAUUCCACUCUUAGUCAAGAAGAUCCUAAGAGUUUCAGAGUUAGCCACUGAAUAUUCUCUGUCAAUAUUGUUGAAGCUCUGCAAGAGUGGAGAGAAGGGUGAGGAUGAAGUGAGAGUUGAAGCUGUCCAACUGGGUGCUUUCCAGAAGAUAUUGGUUCUCUUACAGGUUGGUUGUGGUGGUGACAUGAAGGACAAGGUCACUGAGAUGUUGAAAUUAUUGAAUCUCUACAAAGAUAGGCUAGAUUGUAUUGAUUCAUCCAUGCAUUUUAAGUACUUGAAGAAAUCAUUUUGAUUACUGAAAGAGAAAAGACAGAUUUUUCUUUUGUUAUUGUUUAGAUAGUGAAAAAAUGUAUAUAGAUACACAAACACACAGUUAAAUUAAUGAUUACUGAGAAAAGAGAUUUAUACUUA